AUACCAUAUUGACGAGACAGCUACCCAUCAUUCUCACAAGAGACGAAUCAAUAAAAUAUUUAAAAUAACGGGUUUUUCUCAAAAACCAUUUGCACCUAUGAAACUAGCUUAGCUGAACCAUCAAAACGUACGCAUUCAUCUCCAUUAUUCUCUGAUAAACUACCGGUUGAGAUAUUUUUAUGAGAGAAAACCCCUGAAACCUAUGCUUUUGUUCUUUUCUUGUAUAUGAAAUAAAUGGAACCCUUUUUUAACUUUUUGACUUUAACAAACAAAUAACCACAACCUAUUGUCAGUGAUCAAAGUACCUGAAAGGGCUGGGCAGCCUUCAAUUGUAUCUCACCCACUUGUGGGUGCUAAAAGGUCACCCACCACGGAGAGUCGUUAUUUGCGUCCUUUCACUUUUUAAGUGCCUCAGAAAGAAGAUUUGGACCUGUCAAAUUGAGACAUUUGACAAGCCGAAAUAAAAAUGAUCCCUGACUCGGUUUAAGACUUCAGCUCAGUUUCAAUUUGCCCGAGUGUCAAGACAGUCUCGAACUUUUUGGGUGACAUUGAAGUAUUUCAACAAGUCAUGGAGCAUGUAAAGCGUGUAACGAGUCUUAUCAAAAUCAUAAGUCUCGUCAAACUCAUCUUAACAAUCUGGAUUCAAGAAGCAGACUCUCAUGGUCGUCUCAUGAAUCCUCCUGGUCGAAACGCAAUGUGGAGGUUUGGCUUUCCUAAUCCCGUAAAUUACAAUGAUAAUGAGUUGUUUUGCGGUGGAUAUGUUGUUCAGCAAGGGACUAAUGGGGGGAAAUGUGGCGUUUGUGGAGAUGACUAUCGGCUUCCCACGCCAAGGCCGCAUGAAAUAGGAGGAACUUACGGAAAUGGAGUCGUUGUUCGUAAAUACUACGCCGGACAAGAUAUUAGCGUGAAAGUUGACCUGACAUCAAACCAUCAUGGCUUCUUUACCUUUAAACUCUGCCCAGCUACAAGCAUUACGGAAGAAGUAACGCAGGAUUGCUUGGACCAGAAUCAACUGAAAAUCAUAAAUCGGGAUGGGUCGAGUUCCAGCAAGUAUAAAAUAAUGUCAAAUGAACGUAGUGGGUCAUUUGAGAUUAAAGUGAGACUUCCUCAAGGCCUGACGUGCGAUAGGUGUGUCUUUCAGUGGACAUACACAACAGGAAACAAUUGGGGGACUUGUGCUGAUGGAACACAGCAAGUGGGAUGCGGGCCGCAAGAAAACUUUGUCAACUGCGCCGAUGUUAGGAUUUUAACUCGUUCUCUGAAAAACUUAUGGUCGGAUCCUAAAUUGACAUCGUCGUCAAGAUCAAAUCCUCAUAUGAUGUACUACAAAGAUUUCUCGCAAGAAGGAGCACCUCUGACCCCGUUGGUCAUCAACUAUCAAGUCUGCGUCGCAACGCCAAAGAUUGGAAUGCUUCCUGGAAUUGACGACUGGUGUCAGGCAGGCUGCAUGCGGUAUCCUCCUUACUGUCCAAGUGAUCUGUGUCGUUGUGUCGAAGAUUGCAGUGCGGUCGGCGAAUUUAGUAAAGUUCAAGGGUCGGAUCAAUGGUGUUUAGACGAAUGUUCGGUUUAUCCUCCCAGAAAUUGUACGCAGGAUCGAUGCUCGUGUUGGUAAAUCUAACAUAAAUACAUAAAUCCAA